UCCUUUCCCAUGGAUCUUUGUGCCAGCACCGCUCUUCUCCUGACCAUCUCCUGCUGCCUGUGGAAUACGGAAGCCCGAAAUUUCAACGAUAAGCUCACUGUACCAAAUGGGGGUCCCUGGGGUUCCUGGGGCUCAAGGGAGUUUUGCUCUUACGGCUAUGCUAAUGGCUUCGCCCUAAAGGUAGAAUCAUCUCAAGGGAAACAUGAUGCUACAGCUCUGAAUGGAAUCCGCUUGUACUGUACCAAUGGCAGAACAAUUGAGUCUAGAGUUGGACCGUGGGGUAUCUGGACCGUACCACAGUACUGCCGCUCAGGCUACCUGGUUUCUUUUUCUCUGAGAGUGGAACCACCUGAAGGAAAACGUGAUUAUACAGCAGCUAACAACAUCCAGUUCACCUGCAGUUCAGGUCAAAUCCUGAUGGGCAAUGGCGAGCAGUGGGGUGAUUUUGGCCCAUGGAGCAAACGCUGUCGCUCAAAUGGUGUAUGUGGGAUCCAAACAAAGGUGGAGCCAAAUCAAGGCAGUGGUGAUGACACAGCACUCAAUGAUGUGGUUUUGUACUGCUGUUAAUGGCUGAUA